CUGCGCACUAGCCGUAGCCGCCAUAUUGGACCCACAAAUAAUAAAAACAAAUGCAUUUUCUGCUUAGCAAGGAGAGUUGCUAAAGUAUACAUAUCAAACACCAAUUUAUAUCACCAGAUCCCGAAAAGCACCCUUCGACUGCACGUAUCCUGAGCAGAUGUCGCUGGUAUACCUUGGCAAGCGGUUGCUGGAGGCUGCGAGGGUCGGUCAGGACGAUGACGUUCGAAUAUUGAUGGCCAACGGGGCUCCAUUCACAACCGAUUGGCUGGGAACGUCACCGCUGCACCUGGCAGCUCAGUAUGGCCACCACUCCACCGCUGAGGUGCUGCUCCGUGCGGGCGUCAGCAGGGACGCCCGCACCAAGGUGGACAGGACCCCUCUCCAUAUGGCAGCAACCGAGGGACACUCCAGUAUAGUGGAGCUGCUGGUCAGGAGCGGUGCGGACAUCAACGCCAAAGACAUGCUGAAGAUGACGGCGCUGCACUGGGCGGCGCAGAACGGGCACCGCCGCGCGGCCGAGCUGCUCCUGCAGCACGGCGCCGACGUCCACUCGCUCAGCAAGUUUGACAAGACGCCGUUUGACAUCGCCAUGGACACCAGCAACACAGAGCUGAUGAUCCUGCUACAGGGAGCGGUGGGCCUGGGUGACAACCCCCCCCCCUGUCCGGGCACCGUUUUCCUGGACAUCUUGGGUGCUGCUGGGUGCUGUGCCGGCUACCAGCUGGUGCUGAACUGCCAGGCCGGGUGUAGAAGACCAGGCCGCUGUCAGGACCCAGGUCUGAAGCAGAGCACUACGGCGUGA